ACUCAUUUACCUGGCAGGGGGUGAACUGUUUUACAAAUGCUUGACAAUAAAAUGGUAAAGUUAUACCUAAAAAAGGGAAUUGUUAACAGAAUGACUGCGACAGAUGAAACAUAUUUGUGGAGAGAGAAGAUUGAGGAGAAGCUCAAACGGGAUCAAGAUCUGCUGACAUUCGUUAGCGACAGCCUCAAAAGAAGUGAUCAGCUGACUAAAGGCAUGGUGUCCAUUCUCUCGUCGUUGGAGGGCCGUUUGGAGCACCUGGAGAACUCGGUCAUUCCCAUGCACGACAGCACACAGAACCUACUGCAGCUGAAGGGGACAACGCAGAAGACGUUAUUCUACCUGGACGAUGCCAUCAGCCAUUACCAAGCCGUCCGAGACACAGACAAGGUCAUCAUACAGGGAAACCCAUCCCACCACUCUCUGGGAAAACUGGAGCCCAGCAGCUUUUUCACCAAUAAGUCCUACUGCUCCAAACUCAAAACACAGUCUCUAGGCAGAAAGCCAUCAAUAGAAAACAAGCCAUCAAUGGACUCUCUUGGAAAACUGAAAGCAAACAGCCUGUUCACCAAGAUGAUCGGCCUGAAGUCAUUUGGUAAUUUCAAAAGGCAGUCCCUGGACAGAAAGCCAUCACUAGACAAGAAUCCAUCACUAGACUCCCUCGGAAAACUGGAAUCCAGUAGCUCUUUCACCAAGAGACUCCACCUCCCAUACCUUCCCAUCUUGCAAACCCAAGCCCCAGCUUCCACCUCCUACAUCCUGCCAUACUUCAGACCCAAGCCCAGGGGCUCAGCCUUUGACCUCAAGGCCCACUACGCCAUGGUGCGCUCCAAUCAGUUGGACUGCUCCAUGAAGGGUUUGAAGGACCACAAGAGUAGGAACCUCCUCUGCCCGGUGUUGCAGAGCAGGCGGUUGGAUUCUGCCGUCAAGAAGAACAAAAAAACAGGGAGGGACAGCAUAUUACACAUUGAGAUUGAGACCUACAUGGCCUGCAUCACAGCCUUCUUGUCCCUGGCCAAGAGUGAAUACACCAUGGUGUCCAAAGUCUUCCCUCUGAACUGCUCCAAUACCUUUGAAACUCUCAUCCAGGUGGCUCUGAACCAGCUGAUCCAGAAUGGGGAGAACAUCGUGUCCUCUGUCAGACGAGCCUGUUCACGUCACGACUACACAGCCCUUGUCGCCAUGUUACCUGUCCUGGGCCGUCUCCUGGAGGAGGACAAAGAGUUUAACACGUUACUAAAGUGCACAACAAGCGGCACCUUGGCCAAGUUUUCCAAACUCGUUACAUCUAUGAAGACCCUGGCAGCCAGAGCACUGGCGGACUUUUCUGCUCACGUCAAGAGCAACCCUGAUAGGGAGAGUAUGUCCAAGGAUGGAACAGUGCAUGAAUUCAACAGCAAUACAAUUCUAUUCCUGCAGCAGUUGCUGUCCUUUGCAGAUGCUGUUCGGUCCAUCCUUUAUCCUCAUGAUGUAGACAGUGACACAGUAACUAUGGAGGUGUCCAGUAGUGUUCAGGUGGAUGUUCAACAUGACACUGAUGCAGAUGAAUCAGAAGAACAGCCAUCAGACAGUCAGGAGUCCAAGGGGAAUGACAAUCAGAGAGCACUGAGUCCUUAUGUCUGUAAAGUGCUGGAGCAUCUCCAGUACAACCUACAGAGUAAGGCCAAGGUGUACGAGGACCACGCUCUCGGGGCCAUCUUCCUCCUCAACAACUACAACUACAUCCUCAAGUCAAUGAAGAAGUCAUCUCUGUUUGAAGUGGUUAAAACCAGCGGCAGGGAUCCGGAGGUUGAGUACGGGGAACUGAUUGAGCAACAGAAGCAGGUGUACCAGCACAGUUGGUUGAAGGUGACCGAGUGCCUGACUGAAAAGAAUCUGCCCACCUUUAAGCCAGGUGACAAGUUGAAAGAAAAAGACUGUCAGGUGAUUAAAGACAAGUUCAAGAGCUUCAACGAGGGCCUGGAGGAACUGUGUAAGGCUCAGAAAGCAUGGGCCAUCCCAGACAGAGAGCAGCGCCAGGCCAUCUGUCAGGCCCAGAGAGAGAUGGUGUCCAAGGCCUACACAGCCUUUCUGCUGAGAUGUGACCAUGAGUUCUCCAAACACCCUGAGAGAUACCACAAAUACAGCCCAGCGCAGGUGGAGGAGAUGAUCGAGAGACUAUUUGAUAUCUCAGCCUGAGGUUGAGAACCUGCUUAGUUGGGAGAUAAUAAGGCCUUCUCACUGCCUCUAUAAGAAGUAACACACUGUUGAUUUGUUUCCACACUAAUGCUACAGCUACAGUCCCAGGCCUCUAUUCUGGGGGAUUAUAUCACUACAGUCCCCAUUACAUGUAUUCAUUAGAGUUCUAGGCCUCUAUUCUAGGGGAUUAUAGCACUACAGUCCCCAUUACAUGUAUUCAUUAGAGUUCUAGGCCUCUAUUCUGGGGGAUUAUAGCACUACAGUCCCCAUUACAUGUAUUCAUUAGAGUUCUAGGCCUCUAUUCUAGGGGAUUAUAGCACUACAGUCCCCAUUACAUUUAUUCAUUAGAGUUCUAGGCCUCUAUUCUGGGGGUUAUAGCACUACAGUCCCCAUUACAUGUAUUCAUUAGAGUUCUAGGCCUCUAUUCUAGGGGAUUAUAGCACUACAGUCCCCAUUACAUGUAUUCAUUAGAGUUCUAGGCCUCUAUUCUAGGGGAUUAUAGCACUACAGUCCCCAUUACAUGUAUUCAUUAGAGUUCUAGGCCUCUAUUCUAGGGGAUUAUAGCACUACAGUCCCCAUUACAUGUAUUCAUUAGAGUUCUAGGCCUCUAUUCUGGGGGAUUAUAGCACUACAGUCCCCAUUACAUGUAUUCAUUAGAGUGCUAAUUGCUAAAUGUAUUAUUACACAUGACUGUCUAGUUCUAAACAUGUUUAAAUAAAUAUUGUUAAAGCCCUACUUAAGAAUAAACACAUCUAUUUAUUUUACCCAGAAACUCAAAACAACUAGCUUUUUGUUUGUGCUUGCAACAUUUCUGAAGACCCAAAUACACCAAUAUUUUUUGAAAUGAUGGUUAAAAGCGAAUAAAGAAUUUAUGACCAGAAUUCUAAUUGGUUGAUCUCACAUUGAGAACCAAAGGAGAAAUAUAAAAUGAUGACUGAGUAAACAAUGAGGACAGUGAGAUAGAUACAGAAACAGAUCAAGUCCACUUUGUUGGCAAAGCGAUGGUGUAUAGCAUUUUUCUGGUCUUGUGCAGCCAUUUUGUUGAGAAACUUCACCACCUUCUGGAGGGCUGUAUUCUUCUCUUCCUCUGAGGCUUUAAUAUCAGACAAAGUAAAUGAGAGGAAAAAGGAUAACCUAUUAUUAAUAUAACAUGAUUAAAUAAAGAUGUAAAAAUUAUUGACCUUUCUGUAAAAUGACAGUUUUCAGUGACAGGUGAAAGAUCAAAUGGAGUAGCUGUCCAGACCAGCGUAAAUGCCAGACAAAUGAUGCUAACAAGAAAAUAUGCUGGGAAAGACUGCAUGCUUUAACUGCAGCUAAAGGCAGUGAGUCUUUGGACUUGGAGAGGCUGCAGGGCCAGAGAGUGCCACACUUAGCCAGGCGUGUGAGCACCAUAGACUGCAACGUGCUCAACACCAGGAUGACCAAACAGAAACAGAAGUGCUUUCCUAUGGAGAACAACGAGAGAGAUGUGACACUCACGGAUGAUGGGGCUGCACUGGCCUCCUCCAGGCAGUAGGUCGUUGAGGAUGAUGAGGAACAUGAUGAAGCUGAGAACCAGUGUAACCUUGAAUGAGAUACGCUCGCCCCCUCCCAGUGGCAGGGAGAAGCUCACCACAUCUGCCACAAUGAUCAGUAUACUGGGCAGGACCAGGGACAGAAAGGGGUUUUCAGACCGCAUUUUCAGCGACACCUGUGAAGACAGAUGGGUAGGCCAGACUGAAAUCAUUUGUUUUUCGAGUUCUUGCGUCUAAACGUAGAGCAUUUGUUUAAAAUUGAAAGGGAAGAGCAUUACAUUCCAAAAUCAGACUUUGUCAGAUGUUUUCAGAACUCAAAAGAAGCCUUAUGUCAAUGAGUCCACAUCCUUCACCAUCGGUUGUGCAGAUCCAACUAUGCCUUAACCCCAAUUAAUGGGAAAAGAAACACACUGCAAAUUUGGAAAUGACAUGGUGCUCAUCUUUUUAAUUCAUUUGGAAUUGUGGCAUGUAGCUGGAUCUACACAAUACUAUAGCCUGGGAUGUGUAUUUAUGGAUCUACACAAUACAUAGCCUGGGAUGUGUAUUUAUGGAUCUGCACAAUACAUAGCCUGGGAUGUGUAUUUAUGGAUCUGCACAAUACAUAGCCUGGGAUGUGUAUUUAUGGAUCUGCACAAUACAUAGCCUGGGAUGUGUAUUUAUGGAUCUGCACAAUACAUAGCCUGGGAUGUGUAUUUAUGGAUCUGCACAAUAUAUAGCCCGGGAUGUGUAUUUAUGGAUCUGCACAAUAUAUAGCCUGGGAUGUGUAUUUAUGGAUCUGCACAAUACAUAGCCCGGGAUGUGUAUUUAUGGAUCUGCACAAUACAUAGCCCGGGAUGUGUAUUUAUGGAUCUGCACAAUACAUAGCCCGGGAUGUGUAUUUAUGGAUCUGCACAAUACAUAGCCCGGGAUGUGUAUUUAUGGAUCUGCACAAUACAUAGCCCUGGAUGUGUAUUUAUGGAUCUGCACAAUACAUAGCCCGGGAUGUGUAUUUAUGGAUCUACACAAUAAUAUAGCCCGGGAUGUGUAUUUAUGGAUCUACACAAUAAUAUAGCCCGGGAUGUGUAUUUAUGGAUCUACACAAUAAUAUAGCCCGGGAUGUGUAUUUAUGGAUCUGCACAAUACAUAGCCUGGGAUGUGUAUUUAUGGAUCUGCACAAUACAUAGCUUGGGAUGUGUAUUUAUGGAUCUACACAAUACAUAGCUUGGGAUGUGUAUUUAUGGAUCUACACAAUACAUAGCCCGGGAUGUGUAUUUAUGGAUCUGCACAAUAAUAUAGCCCGGGAUGUGUAUUUAUGGAUCUGCACAAUAAUAUAGCCUGGGAUGUGUAUUUAUGGAUCUACACAAUACAUAGCCCGGGAUGUGUAUUUAUGGAUCUGCACAAUACAUAGCCUGGGAUGUGUAUUUAUGGAUCUGCACAAUACAUAGCCUGGGAUGUGUAUUUAUGGAUCUGCACAAUACAUAGCCUGGGAUGUGUAUUUAUGGAUCUGCACAAUACAUAGCCUGGGAUGUGUAUUUAUGGAUCUGCACAAUACAUAGCCUGGGAUGUGUAUUUAUGGAUCUGCACAAUACAUAGCCUGGGAUGUGUAUUUAUGGAUCUGCACAAUACAUAGCCUGGGAUGUGUAUUUAUGGAUCUACACAAUACAUAGCCCGGGAUGUGUAUUUAUGGAUCUGCACAAUACGUAGCCCGGGAUGUGUAUUUAUGGAUCUGCACAAUACAUAGCCCGGGAUGUGUAUUUAUGGAUCUACACAAUACAUAGCCCGGGAUGUGUAUUUAUGGAUCUGCACAAUAAUAUAGCCUGGGAUGUGUAUUUAUGGAUCUGCACAAUACAUAGCCUGGGAUGUGUAUUUAUGGAUCUGCACAAUACAUAGCCCGGGAUGUGUAUUUAUCUCAACGGAACACUACUUAUGAAAGGUAUAAAAACAUCAGAUACAUUUUUAUUUAAGUGUAUUGUAUUUUUCUCUGUGUAAUUGUUGUUUAAGCUCUGCCCUUAAAAAUAGAUAACAUAAACUACUGAAAUCACCAGGAACACUCACUAACCCAUAGAUAAAGAUACUUUACUCUACAUAUCACAUAAACUACUGAAAUCACCAGGAACACUCACUAACCCAUAGAUAAAGAUACUUUACUCUACAUAUCACAAACUACUGAAAUCACCAGGAACACUCACUAACCCAUAGAUAAAGAUACUUUACUCUACAUAUCACAUAAACUACUGAAAUCACCAGGAACACUCACUAACCCAUAGAUAAAGAUACUUUACUCUACAUGUCACAUAAACUACUGAAAUCACCAGGAACACUCACUAACCCAUAGAUAAAGAUACUUUACUCUACAUAUCACAUAAACUACUGAAAUCACCAGGAACACUCACUAACCCAUAGAUAAAGAUACUUUACUCUACAUGUCACAUAAACUACUGAAAUCACCAGGAACACUCACUAACCCAUAGAUAAAGAUACUUUACUCUACAUGUCACAUAAACUACUGAAAUCACCAGGAACACUCACUAACCCAUAGAUAAAGAUACUUUACUCUACAUAUCACAUAAACUACUGAAAUCACCAGGAACACUCACUAACCCAUAGAUAAAGAUACUUUACUCUACAUAUCACAUAAACUACUGAAAUCACCAGGAACACUCACUAACCCAUAGAUAAAGAUACUUUACUCUACAUGUCACAUAAACUACUGAAAUCACCAGGAACACUCACUAACCCAUAGAUAGUUGCGAUCAUCUCUGCCUCCUUUAGUGUUGAGUUCCACCUCCUCGGUUAGCCAGUCCCCACGGUUUGCGCUAGUUUUGCUCACAUUCCUGAAGUUCAGGAACAUGCCACAUCCUGGAAAAGCAGAUAUUUGAUACCAGUUCAGUCAUUCAAAGAUCAUACCGUUCGUAGCUUCACACCCCUAAAAAUCUAUUGUUUUAGGGGUGUAAAGAUUCUUUGUUCGGUUCAUUUCUUGAUAUGACUCUUAUAUUGGUUCUCAGAAGAGGAUGGAAAAAUGACCACAAUUUUUUUUUUAAACAUACUUUUUUUGUUGUUGAAAUAAUCAAAACAAAAUCUAUAAUACUUCAGUGGUGGUAGCCUACGGUAACACAUUUCUCAGAGCCACUUUGGUGAAACAACCUCACUUUGAUUCAUAAGAAGCUGUUUGAUUCAUUCUGGCAGCCAUAUCCUUUGUUUGUUAGCGUGGGGUCUCAGAGAGAAGUGCCACAUCAUUUGCAAAAUGCAAUAAAAAAAAUAUAAGUGUCCAAAUCACCAUUAAGUAAAACAUCAAACUAAACAUGGUUGAUUUGGCCAUGAAAUGUUGACAAUUGCCCCGAUCACUCCCAUUGAUUUGUUUUGUUAGCGUGGCUAAAGUUAGUAGUUGUUGUUCAGAGAGAACUGAACCAUGGGUUAAUGUUUCUCCUGGCCCAUAGAAUACUUUCAGGGUGAGGAACCAUCUAACAUCAAGUUGUAAAAUUAUGAACUUCCCCAAUAAGGCUAAAGCUUAAGGAGUACUCAAAUAAUAAUAUGGAUUUCUAGAGUGUUCUUGCUUUCAGCAUACACACUAAUAAAACACUGCUUCCUCAUGGGGUUUCAUACCGCUCAGAACAUUGUGUUUGUCUUCUACCGGAUGCUCUUUAUAACACCCCCAGUUCUCAUGUCUAUCGUCAUGCAGCACUGCUAAAACCAGUCACCCCAGUAUCUGUCUAUUUCACUCUGACGUGAACUAUACAACACAGAAAAGCUUGCAUUUGUUAUGUUGUUUAUAUAAUUCUUAUUUGUGCUUAACUUAUUCAUUUACCUUAUUUAAUUUGGGAGAUAGCUUAAGCCUACAUUAAAGAUUGUCCAUUGUUAUCAUUUACACAG